GUGGACCGGGGAAGCAAAGAGGAAAUACAUUUAUUUUCCGGUUACAUUCCACAGAGGGAAAACAAGAUUGCUUUAGCCAAGUCACCUACUUCGACGCUAUCAUUUUUUGCCAAGAUAAUCUGAUUAAAUUGAUUUGAGAGCGAAAAACUGUCGAAAUGCGAACUCCCAUGUCAGUGUUACGUCUGCCGAGAGGACCUGAUCCAAAUAGCCGUGGAUUUGACCCGAACUCACCCCGUUUCAUCGCGCUAUGUUCAACUACAAUUUCAUCGUCGACAGACACAGAGACUGAUUCUGUCCAGAUUGGAGAAGAACAGUGUGCACGGUCGAUGCUGAGAGAAAGUUUUCUGAGAACGCUCAUAGCCAUGACCAAUAAGCAGGUGCAAUUCUACAUGUACGAGAGAGUAAAGGUAAAUGCAGUAUUUGGAGCAUCGGAUAUUGACGUACUAAACUUCCAAGUUUCUGACCUACAGACGCCCAUCGGAGUGCAGAAAGAAGCUCUGCUCAGAUGCCAGGAUGUUAUUUUAUACUCAUUUGAUCUUUGAACGCUACCUUCAACCAACUUGCCAUUGAACAGAUAAAUAGAUAUGCACUUGAUGUCACUAUCAGAAAAAAAAUAUUUAGGUUUGAACUGUUAUUUGAAUUGUGAUCAUUCUAAUUUUUUUCUUCACUUUCCCAGUGCAUUUAGAGGAGUUGAGGAUAAGUGUUCUUUUUGUAGACCUCCAAAGGGGAUAAAUGGCGAAUGUUGAGAGUGUCUGUGCCUAAGACUCCAUUACUCUGGCUCUCUGCCGAAGUGUGCAUCUUUGUCACUCUUGGGGAGCAUGUUAGAUUAAGUGUGUGCUGCAUCACAAAGUUGUACAUAGUUUUCCGCUCGCUGCUACUCAUGUUGAAUGCAGCAUGAACACAAAAAUUAAACUUUCUCUCAU